AUGGCGGCGACGUCGACGGCGAAUCCCGUGCGCCUCGACGACUCCAAGGGCCGCUACGGGUCCCGCCAGGCCUACGCCCCCGUCGGCGGCUGCGACGACAACGACGAGGCCAUCUCGAACCUGGAGCUCGGGGGCGUCGAGGGCGAGAACGCCGACGCGGCCGUGCACAAGGCCCUGCGGCUCGGCUUCAUCCGGAAGGUCUACGGGAUCCUCACCGUGCAGCUCGCGCUCACCGCGGCGGUCGCGUCGGCGCUGACGCUCGUCGACAGCGCGCGCGACUUCGUGCUGGGCACGCCGUCCCUGCUCUGGGUGGGCAUGUUCGCGAGCGUCGGCGUGCUCGUGGCGCUCAUGCUGCUGCCCGUCGGCAACUAG